AUGCAAGCUGCUGGUGACGACGAAAGCAACGUUCGAGAACAAGAACAAAACCUUAUUAAGCUUGGAGAACUUUAUCGUGAUCAGAGGAAGCCCCAUGAAUUAUCAAACUUGAUUCGUUCUUCACGGUCCUUUAUGGCAUCUAUUGCGAGGGCUAAAACUGCGAAAAUCGUAAAGACGCUGAUUGAUCUUUUCUCUGAAAUUCCCGAUACAUUACCGCUUCAAAUUGAAAUAUGCAAGGAAACAAUUGAUUGGAGCGUGCAGGAAAAGCGAAUUUUUUUAAAACAAUCUUUGGAAACUCGAUUGGUUGCUUUAUAUCUUGAUAAUAAAAUGUAUCAUGAUGCCUUAACCCUUAUUAAUUCCCUUCUGAAAGAAUUAAAACGGCUAGAUGAUAAAAUGGUUUUAGUUGAAGUUCAAUUAUUAGAAAGUAGAGUUUGUCAUGCUUUACGGAACUUGCCAAAAUCUAGGGCUGCUUUGACGUCCGCCAGAACGUCUGCUAACGCUAUUUAUUGUCCACCUCUUCUCCAGGCUGCACUUGAUAUGCAGUCCGGAAUUUUACAUGCUGAGGAUAAGGAUUAUAAGACAGCUUAUUCAUACUUUUACGAAACACUUGAAGGAUAUUCAUCUCAAGAUGAUUCUAGAGCUAUCCUUGCACUCAAGUACAUGUUACUUUGUAAAAUUAUGCUGAAUUUGUCCGAAGACGUAUAUGCAAUUAUUAAUGGUAAACUUGCAUUACGUUACGCGGGACGUGAAGUUGAUGCAAUGAAAGCUGUUGCAACGGCACAUCAAAAUCGGUCGCUUAAUGAGUUUGAAACAGCACUAAAAACAUAUAGUGAUGAAUUGGAAAAUGACCCGAUUAUUCGAUCCCACCUCGCUGCACUUUAUGACACUUUACUUGAGCAAAAUUUGGUCCGCAUAAUAGAACCAUUUUCGAGGGUUGAAAUUUCGCAUGUCGCAGAAAUAGUCAAAUUACCUACUGUUCAUGUUGAGACGAAAUUAUCGCAAAUGAUUUUAGAUAAAGUUUUUCACGGUAUUUUAGAUCAAGGAGCAGGAUGUUUGAUCGUAUUUGACGAACCACCUCAAGAUAAAACAUAUGAAGCAGCAUUAGAAACUCUUAAACAGAUGGGAAAUGUUGUGGAAUCGUUAUAUGAGAAAUAUCGCUCUAUUUAUUCCAAAGAAAAACAAAAACAAAUAGAAAAUGACGCGUCAAUAUCAUCAGAGUCAGUUUUACAUUGGUUAACAAACGAACUUGGAUAUAGGCACAGACAGAGUACUUCUAUACUCGACGAAGUGACAGAUCAAGAAUUAACGAAGGAAGAAGUACAAAAACUAUGUAGGAAUGAAUUUGUUCCAGUUCUUAAAUUUUUAAUGGAACACGUGAAAUCAUCAAAGGAAGCUGGUCAAAUUCGAAAGACACUAGCCAAUAAUCAAGGUCGGAUUAAGAAAUCCCAUCAGGCAAAACGUAAUAAAGGAUCAAUAUCAUCAUCUGGAUCCACUUUUACUGAAGAAAAUUAUGCACAAAGAAAAUUAAAACUUGAAAAGAAAUUGGCACAAACUAGUGAGUUAGUUCAAGCAACUGAAGAACAAAUAUCUCAAUUAAUUUCAUGUAUUGCGGAUGUUGGUAGCGAUGAAAUAAGUGAAAAAAAGAAUAAGAUUUAUAUGAAACAAGUUUUUCGCGAAAAUUGUAAAGAUUUUAUAAACUCUGAAGUUGAAUAUCGGAAACUCUUGGAAGAGUUUAAACCCAAGGCAGGGGUAAAAGAUGAAGUAAAUUUUACGCUUAAAGGUAUUGAGGCUACGUUAAUGAUUAAGGUCAAAAAUAUUUGCGAUAAAUUGAAAUUACUUGGGCAGAAAAUGAUAUUGAGUCAACGUAUCGAUAGUGGAUCAAAAACAAAUGUUCUUCUAAUGAUGGAGGAUUUAUUAAAAACAAUGCCUCCGAAAGCGUUACUCAAGUCUGUGAUAAAUAUAAUGAGAUUAGCUGCUAAAGAUCUAAACAUGAAAUCUGAGCAGCUCACUGGGGAAAAAAUUCUUACAGAUGACGAUUCAAAUUGUGUUCAACGGAUGUUACAUACAUUUAUGAAAGAUCACGCGUCAAAGUUCUUUGAAGUUGAAAAAAUAUUGAAUGACAUUGUAGAAAUUAAUGAAAAAAUAUUGAAAAAACAUGCGUCAAUAGAGGUUCUUGUUAAACAAAAAUAUUUGCACAUUCCAUCCAUGUCGAAUCGAAUAAUAUCAGUUAUAAAUGCAAAGGCCGAUUCCGAAGCUACCCGAACUGCACUUAAUAUAAUAUCUAGUUUUGAUGAAGGACUUGAAAGACGAUAUCAAGGACUAGCUGCAUUAAAUGAUAAUUUGGCAGUAAUUUCCGAGCAUGUUUAUAGCUCAAACGAAAUUAUUAAAGACAUUCAAACCUUAAUUGUUAUCAAUCGGCAAACGGGAGGAGGUUUACUUGAACGAUCUCUAGAGAUAUCAACGUUCAUACAAGAAAAACUAAAUCCUUUUAAACUUCAUGUCAAGUCUUUAACUAAAGAGCUUGAUUGUAUGAUAUUACGAGAGAACGAACGAUUUCAAAAUUUGGAUUUAAAAUUGGCAGUACAAGUCCAUGAUUUUCGUGCUGUCAGUUCCCUUGAUAUCUACAGGGUGCUUAAUGAUAAAUUUAUAGGGGAAAUAAAGGAAAUAAUACACUGCCCUAAGCAUUCGAGCAUCGACAGUAUUCUCAGAAUUUUGGCUGAUUUGAAGCGCGAAGGUUCUGCUUUCGAAAUUGUACGAAAUAAUUUAAUCAAGAAUAUGAGCCCUUACCAUUAUGAAAUGCAAGUGAUUGUAAAUAAAUGGGCGUCUUCGAUACGCGGUGGCGUAAUAAGAGAAUCGAUGUUUGAUAAAAACAUAACGUACGAACAAACAGUUAAAGAUAUGAGAAGCUCUAUCGAAAUUUUGUCAGAUUCAAGAGAUAAUUGA